UGGAGACGAAGGAAUCUCUCUUUCCAUCCCUCCACCGUCCCUCUCACGCUAUUCUCCUCCUCCCUCCACUAUAUAUCUAUAUACCUCUCUCUCUCUCUCUCUCUCUAUGUGCAUACUUAAUUGCGGAAAGCUUUUUGAGAUGCCUCAUCGUUGGGCCGCCGCCCCCGUCCUCUGCUCCACCCCACUCCCUUCCUUUCCAACCUCACCUCCCCUUUACAUCCCUUCCUUUUCACAUCCUGUUCCCUCAGAGUCCAUUCUCUUCCCCCCUUCCUCUUGGUGGUGGAAUCGCGGCACCGGUUCCGGCCGCCGCAAUGGCCUCUUCCAACUCCAGCUGCCACUCCCGGCCUCGCGUCCAAGGACAUACAGCUCCAUCAUUUAUUGAGAGAAGGUCUCGCUUCAUGAGGUGGCUCCGCAAGCUUUUCAAAGGAACAGAUGCUGGAGUGUCAAAUGGAGACCAUUCAAGUGUAACUGGGGGAGAGAACUCAUUGCAUAAACCAGUCAAACCAGUGGAUGACCAAUCGAAGGGUGAAAAUGAAGAUUUGGAUCAUGCGAUUGCCCUUUCUCUUGCAGAGGAUGCCAAGAAACCUAAUGGAUACAAGGGCCAGGGAAAUGAUGAUGAUGAGCUAGCUAAAGCUAUCCAAGAAAGUUUGAGCAUGCCCUCAUCUCAACCAUAUCAACCUGUACAGUUUUUGCCAAGAGGAUAUAGAAUCUGUGGUGUUUGUCACAAUGAAAUAGGUUGUGGACAUUACUUAAGCUGCAUGGGAAUCUUUUGGCACCCACAAUGCUUUCGAUGUUAUGCUUGUGGUCAGCUUAUUCAUGAGGCUGAGUUUUCUUUGUCAGGCAGUAAUCCAUACCACAAGUUGUGUUAUAAGGAGUUGCAUCACCCCAAAUGUGAUGUCUGCCAUGAAUUUAUACCAACAAACAGGGCUGGUUUAAUUGAGUAUAGAGCUCACCCCUUUUGGGGCCAAAAAUAUUGUCCUUCACAUGAACAUGACCGCACACCUCGAUGCUGUAGUUGUGAGAGAAUGGAGUCAAGAAGUACUAGAUAUAUCUCUCUAGGAGAAGGCCGUAGCUUGUGCAUAGAAUGUCUUGAUUCUGCCAUCAUGGAUGCUGGUGACUGUCAAGCCCUGUACCAUUCAAUUAGAGAUUACUAUGAAGGACUGUACAUGAGAAUAGAUCAACAAAUUCCAAUGCUAUUGGUUGAAAGGCAGGCUCUUAAUGAAGCCAUAGAAGGAGAGAAAGAUGGUCAUCACCACAAGCCCGAAAUAAGAGGCUUAUGUCUUACUGAGGAACGAACAAUUAGCAGUAUACAUAAAAGGCCAAGAAUUUGGGGAAACAGAAUUCUGGACAUGCGGACUUGCCCACAGAAGUUGACCCGUAAAUGUGAAGUUACUGCAAUUCUCGUUUUGUAUGGCCUUCCCAGACUAUUAACAGGUUCGAUCCUUGCUCAUGAGCUAAUGCAUGGUUGGUUACGUCUCAAAGGCUACCGUAAUUUAAGCGCCGAGGUGGAGGAAGGCAUCUGUCAGGCUCUUUCCCAUAUGUGGCUUGAAUCUGAGGUGAUGCCAGGGUCAACAACUUUGCCAUCCUCAUCCAAUUACGCCUCAUCAUCUUCUUCUUCUUCUUCGUCGUCAUCAUCCUGGAUGCCAUUGUCAAAGAAAACAGGGAAGUCGGAUAUUGAGAAGAAGCUUGGUCAAUUCUUCAUGUACCAAAUUGCUCAUGACACUUCAACAGCCUAUGGUGAAGGUUUCAGAGCUGCCAAUGCAGCUGUUAAUAAAUAUGGGCUUCCGCGAACCCUGGACCAUAUCCGCUUAACACGAAGCUUUCCUACAUGAAAAUGACUUCUCUUGCUGUGAGCAGUUAUUGCAAAGAGUGAGUUGCUCAUGCACGGUUUGGCUCACAAGUCCCAUAAUUUUUCUUGGGGAGCCACAUGGUUGAUACUGCUUUAUGUUUCAAGUAAAAGCAGCAGCUGCAAUACUAAGUUCCAAACAAUAUUUUAUAUAUAAAUUAUCCAAUGUCUGGUUUACAAGGAUGUAAAUAAUA